GGGAGUGCCUUGCCUGGAAGGGAGGGCAAGGGCCAUGUCCUUUCCUUGCCCCACCCUGCAGACAAGAGUCCCCGUCACCCGGCCACUCUUUCUGUCCAGGGCUCUCAAGGGAGCCCAGAAUCUCCAGCGGCUGGAGCACUGGGGGCCAUCCAGACAGAGCCUUCUCUGGACCAGGUCCUGCAGGAGCGGGAUGAAGCCAUCGCCAAGGCCCAGAGCCUCAGGCUGCGGUCCCUGCGACCUGCAGGAAGCGGGCAGUGGAGGCCGAGUUGGACACAUGCAAGGCCAGGCUGCGUGCGGUGGAGGCCCAGCUGCUGGAGGUCCUGGAGGAGAAACUGAGGCUGAGGCAGGAGGUGGAAGCCUGGGAGGAGGACAUGCAGCAGCUGGUGAGGCAGCAGGUCCAGAGUCAGCUGCAGAGAGAAGCCAGGGACGCUCAGGGUGCCCAUGGGGUCCCUGGUGCUCCCAGGAGCCCCUGGGCCCGACUGGGGCGCUGGUGGUGAGAACUCGUCGGAGGAUUUUGGGGAAUUGUCUUUAUUCAUUAAACCUGGAGGCCUCGCCACUGCACACCCCCGUGCCCUCUCAGUACGCGCCCGAGUCCUGUGUGGCAACAUGA